AUGGUGUGGCCAUUUGGAUCGCGAACCUCGACGUCACAAGACCGCAAGGGCGAAGUUGAACCCUCAAACUCUCGAUGGUCAUGGUCUGAAUCUCUGGGACGAGCCGAGGCUGACCCCUUGGGCGCGGCCAAAGAAUGGGCACCGGUGGUAGGGUUCUCGCUUGUUGGACUAGGCGCUUUGCAACUCUACGCAAAUUACCUUCGUCGGAUCCCGGGUGCAGCCUUUAUUCGCCCAUCAUUCUUCCGCAGCCGUAGCCUGUUUGGGAGGGUUACGGCCGUUGGCGAUGGUGACGGCUUCCACCUCUUCCAUACGCCAGGCGGUAAGAUUGUGGGCUGGGGAUGGCUCAGAAACGUUCCUGAAACCAAGAAGGAACUCAAGGACCGGACGAUAUCGGUCCGCAUUGCAGGCGUUGAUGCGCCGGAGGGAGCACACUUUGGACGAGCGGCGCAGCCGUUUGCUGCCGAGGCCCAGAAGUGGCUCUCUGACUAUAUCCUACACCGAAAUGUGCGGGCAUAUAUCUACAAGCGCGACCAGUACAACCGCAUCGUUGCGACGGUCUUUGUCCGACGGUUUCUCAUACGCAGAAAUGUUGGCCUAGAAUUGGUUAAACGCGGCCUGGCUACAACAUACGAGGCAAAAUCUGGUGGCGAAUACGGCGGACUGAAAGCUGUCUACGAAAGGGCCGAAGCCAAGGCGAGGAGGAAGCGGAAGGGCAUGUGGUCUGGAACUGCGAGCGAAUAUGAAAGUCCCAGGGAAUACAAGUCUCGAAAUCAGGGGCAGCAAAGCCCAGAUUAG